AUGACUGAUUUCACUGAUCAACCUCUCGGGUUGCUAUGUGAAGUUACUCGUAGAGAACUGGUUCACCUACUGGAAUCUUUACCAGGACAAAAAGAUUUAGUUGUUGAUGCAACAAUUUUGAGGCCCCUCGACAAAGUUGCGUCGAUGUCUCUGCUUCAGAACCAUGGGUGCUCACGAGUGUUGCCGUUACGUGCUGAUUCUGUUUUAUCUUGGGAUCCAGACAUAAAUAGAAGGAUCUACAUACUUCGAUCUUCAUUAGAAAUGGCAAGAUUAGUUUCUCAUCAUGUUCGUGCAUCACCUGAUAAGCAAGUAGCUGUUAUUUGGGUCGGCCGACGACUUUCUAUUUGUGAUAGACAAUUGGAAACCCAAGGAGUUUAUGGAAUUGUAGAAACAUAUGAGCUCCCUAUGUGCCUUCUGCCUAUAGAAAACGAUUUGUUUUCUUUAGAACUACCUGUGACUUAUCCUGCGGAUCUGUACCAAGCCGCUCACUCAUUAUUCCAGCUACAGUCUCUUUAUGGUUUGAUUCCUACGGUUUAUGGUUUAGGCGAACAAUCGAACAAAAUGUGGAAACUUCUCCGGCAUCUCUAUGUGGAGAAAGGAGAACCCCGAGCUUCCCCUGAUCAACCGAUCAGCCAUCUCUUUGUUUUCGAUCGGUCUCUCGAUCCGGCAUCGGUUCUUAUGACAGGAUUAACUUACGAAGCCAUGCUUCAUGACGUUUUCACAAUAGGAUGUGGUAAAAUAUCUUUCGGUCCCGAAGUACAAUCCAGGAUGAAAGCUGAUCCUCAUGCCAAGGAGGGAGAACCUUAUAAGCACAAGGUUUUUGUUUUGGAUAAUAACGAUGGAGUUUUUGCUUCUGUCAGAAAUAAACACAUGACGGGUGUGUUUCCGUUUCUUAGUUCGAAAGCUAAGGAAAUUCAGUCCACUUAUGAUAAAGGAGCUUCUAUAGACCAAGUGCAAGACAUGAAGCAAUUUGUGUCCAACGAGUUGAAGUUUCUGAAACAACAACAUCGUCAACUGGAGAUGCACAUUUGUGCUUGUGAAGUGUUAUUAGAGAAAAAUAACUCAAUCGGAGCCAGUGAGCGACUGCGUUAUGAGCAAGAACUUGUGAGCGGGACCGCUAACGUCAACGAAGUGAUAACUUAUUUGGAAGAAUGUGCGCUUAGAAAUCAAUCUCCAUGGUCUGUAUUAGCUUUAAUAUGUCUAGCUUCUGUUACUAACAAUGGUCUUCCAAGCAAGGGGUAUCACUCAUUCCGCGAACAUUUUCUCCGAGCUUAUGGAUAUGAUUUCCUACCUGUUCUUCAUAGCUUACAGUCGAGGAAACUCUUCUUUGAAAAAAGCAAGCCCGCCGUUGGUAAUAUAGUUCAGUCUGCGAUUCCGUCCAUCCAUGCUGGUACACCCAGCGAUCCGUCUCCAACAUUUGCUUUCCUGUCUAAACGAUUAAAUCUAACUCCCAGUUCUGAAGACGUUGGGGUGGAUUUACGUAACCCUAACAAGAUGAGUUACGUUUUUUCUGGAGUUUUCACACCGCCUUUUUGCCAAAUAGUAUCUGAUUCAAUGGUUCAUGGUUGGAAUACAAAUGAGAUGAAGAAAACGUUUGGGCAUGUUUUGGUAGAAGAAAACAGUUAUACACCGGCUGAUGGAAGACCGGACAAUCGAAUGAAAAAAGCUAUUCUUGUCUUCUUUCUGGGUGGCGUCACUUACGCAGAAGUAGCUGCCCUUCGUCUUCUUGCCGUUCAGAAUAAUUUUCGUAUUCUCGUUGCCACUACGAACAUAAUUCAUCGAGAACAAUUCCUUCGAUUGAACCGUUUUAAAAAUAGUUUGUAUUCGGGUUUAAUUGUUAAGAAUAAACCACGGGUUUACACUAAAUUUGGGUCUGAUCUUUAUUGUCGUAUUCAUAAGCAUUUAGAUUUGUUGCAUGAGAAAUAUACGCCGUCAUGGUGGUGUCCUUUUGGAACUCUCAUGUCAAUAUUUAGACAUAUGUUUCGGGAAUGUCCAACUUUGCCUUUCGAUAGGGAAGUAGUUACUCUUUCGGAUUCUGGUGUUGUAGCCAUAGAUUGGAUGAACCCCAAAGAAUCAAAUGAUGAAAGCCCUAUUUUUGUUUUUCUUCCCGGUAUCACAGGUUCAACACACGAGAGUUCCUAUAUUUUGCACUGUGUUUUGGAAGCUCUUGAUCAUAAUUGGAAAUCAGUUGUAGUUAACCCACGUGGGCUCGGCGGUGUUCCUCUGAAAACUAAACAAACUUAUAAUGCAUGUUAUUCUGGUGACAUAGAGCAAGUUCUUCAGUUGAUUACUGAGCGUUUCCCUAAAGCAAAAAAAAUUGGAUGCGGAUUCAGCAUGGGCGGCAUGAUCUUAGGAAAUUAUAUGGCGAAGAAAACAGCUUCCGAUGUUAACAUCAACGCGGCAAUGAUUAUAUCCUCCCCUUUUGAUCCUCAUGCUUCUACUGAAUCACUUGAAGCUCCCCUUCCUCGCUUUUUAUUCAAUCAUCAUUUGGCAGAAACUUUAGUUAAUAUAGUCAAACCACAUCGGCAUCUCUUUGAAGAUGUUAUGGAUUUCGACAAGUUAUCUGAGGUAAAAACUAUUCGCCACUUCGACACUCUGUUCACUACGCCGGUCUUUGGUUAUCGAGAUUGUCGUGAAUACUAUGAGGACGCUGCUCUCUGCCGAAAAGCUGAUCGGAUUCCUGUUCCUACCAUUUGCUUGAACUCUGUUGAUGAUGUAUUUGCCCCCAUAGCAUCGAUACCAUUUGAUGUCAUUUCUAAAAGUGAAACAGUCAUAUCAGUGAUUACAUCUCAUGGUGGUCAUACUGCUUUUAUGGAACACUGGAAUCCCAAAGAACGCGGUUUGGUUGAGAAAUUGCUCUAUCAAUGGGGAAAUAUGAUUUUCAAUGAUCUUCACUAA